GCCUCCGCGCGCCGCCCUUCCUCCCGCCCUCUCUCCUCCUCCUCCCCUCCCUGGUCCUGCGCGAUCCAGCUUGGGGAGGCGGGGAAGCUGCCCGAGCGCGACCGCCGCGGCUGCCAGUGUACAGCCGCGGGCCGGAGGCGCGGUUCCUAGGCCUUAGAGCCCGGGGAGGCCGCGGGGGAGUCGGCGCUGCUCGCGGAGAGCUGCGAGGCCCGCCCCUACGCGGCGCGGAGGGCGCGGAGAGCCUUGCUGUUCAAAGAGGGGCCCAUAGACCAGCAACAUCGGCAUCACCUUACUAGAAAUGUAGAAUCUUGGGCCUCACUCCAGACCUACUGAAUCAGAAUCUGCAUUUUAACAAGAUUCUCAGGAUAUCCCUGGUGAUCUUAGAAGAGUCUGUAUUAUGGAAUCGAUCUCUAUGAUGGGAAGCCCCAAGAGCCUUAGCGAAACUUUUUUGCCUAAUGGCAUAAAUGGUAUCAAAGAUGCAAGGAAGGUCACUGUAGGUGUAAUUGGAAGUGGGGAUUUUGCUAAAUCCCUGACCAUUCGACUUAUUAGAUGUGGCUAUCAUGUGGUCAUAGGAAGCAGAAAUCCUAAGUUUGCUUCUGAAUUUUUUCCUCAUGUAGUAGAUGUUACUCACCAUGAAGAUGCUCUAAUAAAAACAAAUAUAAUAUUUGUUGCUAUACAUAGAGAACAUUACACCUCCCUGUGGGACCUGAGACAUCUGCUUGUGGGUAAAAUCCUGAUUGAUGUGAGCAAUAACGUGAGGAUAAACCAAUACCCAGAAUCCAAUGCAGAAUAUUUGGCUUCAUUAUUCCCGGACUCCUUGAUUGUGAAAGGAUUUAAUGUUAUCUCAGCUUGGGCACUUCAGUUAGGACCAAAGGAUGCCAGCCGACAAGUUUAUAUAUGCAGCAACAAUAUUCAAGCUCGACAACAGGUUAUUGAACUUGCCCGCCAGUUGAAUUUCAUUCCCGUUGACUUGGGAUCAUUAUCAUCAGCCAGGGAGAUUGAAAAUUUACCCCUGCGACUAUUUACUCUCUGGAGAGGGCCAGUGGUGGUAGCCAUAAGCCUGGCCACGUUUUUCUUUCUUUAUUCUUUUGUCAGAGAUGUGAUUCAUCCAUAUGUUAGAAACCAGCAGAGUGACUUUUACAAGAUUCCUAUUGAAAUUGUGAAUAAAACCUUGCCCAUAGUUGCCAUUACUUUGCUGUCCCUGGUCUACCUGGCAGGUCUCCUGGCAGCUGCUUAUCAGCUUUAUUAUGGCACCAAGUAUAGGAGAUUUCCACCUUGGUUGGAGACCUGGUUACAGUGUAGAAAACAGCUAGGAUUACUAAGCUUUUUCUUCGCUUCAGUCCAUGUUGCCUACAGCCUCUGCUUACCAAUGAGAAGGUCAGAAAGAUACUUGUUUCUCAACAUGGCUUAUCAGCAGGUUCAUGCAAAUAUUGAAAACUCUUGGAACGAGGAAGAAGUUUGGAGAAUUGAAAUGUAUAUUUCCUUUGGUAUAAUGAGCCUUGGCUUACUUUCCCUCCUGGCAGUCACCUCCAUCCCUUCAGUGAGCAAUGCUUUAAACUGGAGGGAAUUCAGCUUCAUUCAGUCUACACUUGGCUAUGUUGCUCUGCUCAUAAGUACUUUCCAUGUUUUAAUUUAUGGAUGGAAACGAGCUUUUGAAGAAGAGUACUACAGAUUUUAUACACCACCAAACUUUGUUCUUGCUCUUGUUUUGCCCUCAAUUGUAAUUCUGGGUAAGAUCAUUUUACUCCUUCCAUGUAUAAGCCGAAAGCUAAAGAGAAUUAAAAAAGGCUGGGAAAAGAGCCAAUUUCUAGAAGAAGGUAUUGGAGGAGCAGUUCCUCAUCUCUCACCAGAGAGGGUUACAGUAAUGUGAUGAUAAAUGGUGCUCCCUGGUGCCAUAUAAAGUUCUCCUCAUGCCAUUAUUUUUAUGACUUCCUUUAUCUGCAGUUGCAAGUGCACUGUCAAAUUGCUAUGGGCUGAAACCUCUUCAGUGAGAUCUCAACUGAAUUAGUGGUAGAAUUUUCUUCAAAUUUAUUUUCACUAAUGUCACAUUUUGCCAAUAUGAGUUUUUAUAGUCAACUUAUUGUUGAAAUGUAGGUAUGUUUUGUUUUGUUUUGUACAAUCGUAAGACUAUUGUUAUUUUAAGAAACUUUAUUCCAUAAUCAGGCAGAAAUAUUUGUAGUUAAUAAUAUAGAUACAACAUAAUGUUAAAAAACUUUGCACACCAGCAGAACUUUAAGUUUUAAUAUAAUUCAAUAGAUAUAUUUCUUUUCUGAAGCUUCAGUAAGGUUUUAAUUAUUAUCCAGCUUAAGAAAUAGAAAUGCAUAACCAUACAUUAUUUUUAAGAAAGGACACAUUACAUUAGCAUCUAGGAAAGGGUGCGUGGUUAAAAUCCCUAUAUUCCUUUCAUAAGAUCAGGCUUGAAGAAUGUAAUCAAUUGUAUGAACCAAUGUGAUUUAUAAACAAACACAAAUUAAAGAGACAGACUGAACUUGAAAUUAUGUUUAAAAUGCAUUGGAGACAUGGACUAUAUACUGAUAAUGUGUACCUCAUGAAAGAUUUUAUUCUUUGUCUUGUUACAGAGCAGUUUUAUUUGCAUAUUAAUAUACUGAUCAGGGAGAAGACAGUAACAUCUGGCCUCCAAAACUGAUCUUUCUCAUCUAGUACCAAUCUUGGGAAUCUUAUAAUUGUUUCUAGUUAGAGGGAAAGUGUUACGUUUACACACAGGGAGUUGUCAGCUGAUCUAAGCUGUUGCACCUUAGCCAGUCAUACUCCGAAUGGUACAGGAUUUUACUGACAUUCGUGGAUGGAUUAUAACCUGCCAGGCACUGUUCUAAGCACUUUACUUGUAUUUUCCCAUUCAGUACUUACAACAACCCCAUGACAGAGGUAGCUAUUAUCCUCAUUUUACAUAUAAGGAUACUGGAGCAUAGAAAAGUUAAGUAAUUUGCCCAAGGUCAUGCAGUUAGUGAGUGGCAGAGCCAGCAUUCAAGUCCAGGCAGUCAUAUUUCAGAGGCUACAGUUUUAGCCGCUAGGCUGCAUGACCCUUGCCCCAUCCCCAUGCAUACCAAUCUAGAUGCUUCCUCUUUGAUAUAAACGCACUGACAUUCUUUACAGUGUGUUGUGGGUGUCAAAAGAUAUAUGAAAAUAUUGUAAUCAUAAAUUUAUCCUUGCCUGUGGGAUAAUCCACACUUACCCUAGGAGAGGAUCUUGCCUGGGACAGGACCCGGGAGAUCCACGACAGUCCAUAGGCCUCCCUGUGCAGUGAGGGACUCCAGCAGAGAUAGGACCACAGCAGUUUUAACGAAUGGCUGAGGUCCUACAGAAUCUUAAACAGUCCCUGUAGAGUUGGUCAUCUCUUUUUCUCUUCUUGAGAAGUCCUCCUGCCUGCUCAGCCACUAAUUAGGGAGCAGUUUGCAAGCAUGAAGGAUAUUUAGAUGAGCAGUUAAUUAUAAAUGUACUCUAGAGACAUAGAAUCACACAGAUUAUUCAUGAAAGUGUUCAGUGCUGACAUUCCACAUUAAAAUUGCAUUUUGUUCAUACUUUGGUUAGAAAGCCCUAUGUUUUUUUUUCCAUUUGCUCUUUCCUUAUUAAAAUAGAAAAUUGCAGGCAGAUACAAUUAUAUGUAUUCCUCCUCCUGAAACUAUAACAUUUUUAAACUUACCCAGUAAGGUUCUACUGAAUCCAGCUGCCAAAGAUAAAUGGACUUUUACUUAGUGGAGGCUACCUUUCCCACCAAUGGCUCCUUCCCUACUACUGCAUCAUGUCAGUUUGGUAAACUAUUCAUGAUUCUCUGAUGUCCUCUUCUUGCUGAAUUUUAGUAGCUUGUACUUUUUACUUGAGCAUUUACUUUUUCUUUAUUUUAAUUGUAUUCUUUCCCUCUUGAUAAUCAUUUACUUGUUAGUUCUCAGUAGGGAUUCAGUUGGGUGAUAACUUAAAGGUAAACACCUAUAAACUACAUAGUGGACUAGUGAAAUUAAGAGCAUAUUUUUAAUAUUUUCUCGUUCCUAUAGUUCCACUCCCUUAAGCCCAUACUUGCACCAUUUAAUGUGAAAAUACAAUGAAAUAUUUUUAAAAGUUAGAUGACCACUGAAGUAUAUUGUUGCAUGUAUAUAUUAAUUAGCCAAUAAGAUAAAUAAAAUUAUCACUAUUACAGAUAAGUGGGGCCUUUGAAAAUAUGAAAAAACAAAGUUUAUGAAAAUGUAUAUAAGAUGUAACAGUUGUUUGAAACGGUGAUAUCUCCUUUUCAGUACUACAAAGAGGAAAU